AUGGGACAAAUACAAGCUCUGUCUUCUCUUAACACCAAGUAUGACCUUCAGAGGCCUUCAACAGCUAGGCCUGAGGCUAAGCAUGUAGAUAAGCAUUUUUAAUGUGGUUUUGGAGGAAGGAAUUAUUGAAGAGAUCUCUAUCCCAGACCCUGACCUUACUGUUGGCUGGUUACUCAGCGAAGUCAGCAGGAGAUAUCAACACUAUGCCAGGGAGAAUGGUACAAAGAGGGCAGAAGAGAAGGUAGUUGUGGCUUUGAAAUCUGCUGAAUUUUACCCCACUCUUGACACUUACCUGGAAAGUUUAGACAAUGUUAUCGCUCCAAUCAAGCACAAUACUACUUUUGAUGUUCAUUUCGCGAAGUUAAGUGAUCACCAGCAAAAUUUUAUUAAAAUGGCAAGUGUUGGACCUGAAGACUUCGAAUACCUCAAAGUUAUAGGCCAAGGAUCUUAUUCCCAUGUAGUGAUUGCUCGGAAGAAGGAUUCUGGCAAACAAUAUGCAGUUAAGGUUAUAAAAAAGAAGCUGUUUAAAGAAGUGGGCAGAGAGACCUUUAUCUCAGAAUCUGAGAUAAAUAAGAAGUUUCAAGAUACCCCUUUUGUUAUAGAUACAUAUUAUGCUUUCCAAACUGAAGAAGAGAUGUUCUUAGUAAUGGAGUUGUGCCCUGGUGGCACUCUAUUUGAUUUUCUGAAAAGACUUCCAGGCUCUAAUCGGGUUAACUUGGAUAUUGUGAGAUUCUAUAUCGCAGAAAUUAUCAUCUCGCUUGAGUUUGUACAUGCUCAGAAUGUUAUGUACAGGGACUUGAAACCUGAAAAUAUUCUUAUUGACUUAGAUGGUCAUAUCAAGCUCUCUGAUUUUGGAUUAUCAAAGGCAUUAGAGUCUAGAAACCAAAUGAGCGAAACCUUCUGAGGUUCACCUGAAUAUUUAGCUCCAGAGAUGGUUUUUGGACUUAAACAUACACGAUCAUUGGAUUUCUACACCUUAGGAUGUCUUGCUUACGAGAUAAUAUUUGGGUAUCCUCCCUACUUCAGCGACAAUGUUGAAAAUCUUGGUGAGAGAUUACUUAAAGAGAAAUUAUAUUUCCCAAGGGGGGUCAAUAGAAAUGCGAAAAAUCUAAUAAAAUGGCUGCUAGAGAAAGAUCCAGACAAGAGACCUUUGGAGUUUAGUGAAGUAAAGAACCAUCCCUUCUUCGAAAAAGUUCAUUGGGGUAAAUUAGCUAAGAGAGAAGUUGCCCCUCCUUUUGUGCCUGAUUUAUACAAAGUUGAUUUUGAGAGAUGCUUUCUGGAUAUUCCGAUAAACCAAGCUCUGAACAUGGAAUGCUUACCUGUGAUAAUUGAAGGAGAUGAAGAGUCUGUAAGAAUCGAAAGCUCUGCAAAGAAGAACUCUAAUUCUAAAUAAUUACGCUAAAUCUAUGAGACUUGAUAGGAUAAAUAGGAAAGUUGACAUUGAUCUCUCCAAAACAGUGCAGAAGGACAAGAAUCCUGAUUGGAUAGAUGAAUUUGAUUUUGAGUCUCAUCCUGAAUCAGAAAUAAUGAACAGGAAUCAUCUUAAUUUAGCUCUAAGAGAGAGUUUACAUAGAAAUGAAGAUGCAAUAACUAAGUUAAACACAAUUUAUAGUGAUAAUUUUGAAGAAUUCGAAGAUGAAAUGAAGAAUAAUAACUCAUGAAUAAUACUCCAAAGGAAUAUGGAUUUUAAAUUUAAAGACUUCAAAGAAGAGAAUGAUAUAUUCUUCCAAGAAACAAGGUAUAACUCAUUUCUGACGACCCAUACACCCAGAAGAAUGAAGCGAAGUUUGAGACAGUGAAAAUCUGCUGACAUCACUCUAUAUCUCGAUCAGGACAUCCCUUUAGCUGAAAAAGUGCUAAAGAAGCCCAAGAAUGGAGUGGGAGAGUAAAAACAGUGCAAAUAUGAUGCAAAAUAAAUUUAUUUCGUACACAUGGCUUU